UCAGAUCACUAUAUGAUCUAAUUUGGGUGAUAAAGAUGAUGCUCUUACUCCGUCUCUCCAUGGCACUUCAGAUACGCGUGCCACAGCUCAAUGUGAUACAGAGAACGCAUGGCUCAUGUAUGGCGGCCGUUUUACACGACAGACGAUGCCAUCAAACCUUAUCACCCAAAAGGCCUUCCCCCAUCCAUUUCUUGCGCCACCAUCCGGAUCAUUGAUAUACGACCUGCGCUAUUUGCCCACCUCUCUCCGUUUUCCAUUAUCAUCUCCAUUUGCGGGCUAUGCCGGGUAUGAAUUCCUCUGCAUCCCAUUUACGCCAGAGAUGCCUAAGCAAAUACGGCUUAUCAGCCCAUGCUUUCCCUGGGCGUUUGACAUCGGCCCAAGUGCUGGAGGAGAGGUCGUAACAUGUCUCGAUGUUCUUUCUACUCUACAUGCCGCAUUGCAGCAUCCACUCACAGACACCGAGUGGGGCGCUGCUGGAGACAACAAACGUGCAAGUCUUAUCAGAGCACGUGACCGUCGUCUAUGGGUACAACCUGCGUUGCACGGGAUCUUGAAUUCUGCGACAUGCACUAUACCCACAGUGAGCUUUGAGAGGCCUGUGCAGCGGGAGCCGCUGUUGUUGCGUGUCGACUGGCUUGGUUCCAGUGUUGCAUUCAUGGGGCUCGUCAAGGAUGAAGCUUUUGCGAGGAAGAGACUUGUUCCUGGUGGCGGGGAGUGCCCUGAGACGUGGGUGGUGAAGUUCCAAAAAUUAUGACUCUGGAAGGUCAAGAGACAAUAUUUGUACAAACAUCUCAUGUAUUAUGGCUCCCAUUCACGCAUACAAAGUGGGGCAUUGUUGGAGACGAUAAAUGUGCGAGUCUUAUCAGA